AUAAAAUAAACAACAACGUUUUAAAUGACGAAUAAUGUCAAAAACUGACAAUCGAUUAAUGACAUUUUUGAAACCUUCUGACAAGAAUUUGGACGCAGCAAAGUUUUCGGAGAAUAUAACUAACCAGAAUGUGUUAGAUUUUGGCAAUGUAAAUGCUAUGGUAGUGAGAACAUCAAAUGACAAUAAGUACUGGAUUAUUGGCCUUUCAAAUGGCACAAUUGUUGUAUGGAUACUUUCAGUUGAUCUUAAGUUGGCUAACGCCUUUUAGCUAUUAUCCGCUGAAGAUAGUGAGAAGCAGACAAAUAAUUUCUAUACUUUGAACGCAGAUGGCGAAACUCUCCCUUGUUCAGAUUUACAGCCUGUCCCAGAACUCAAUGGUCGAAUUCAAGAUAACUGUCACCUUAUUUUAGCCGUGUAUGUCUCCGGUCAUGCGCGUUUAUGGCAUUACACAGGAGCAAUGAAAUCAUCACGCCUCCUGGCAACAAUUACGGAAGAAAGAAUCAGUAACCCAUCUGAUGCUCCUUUAAGAAUAAAUGCAGAAAAUAUGAUGAAUCAGAUAUUAUCGUGUUCAUGCUCAUACGAUGGUAAACGAUUUGUAACUGGUGGGGUUGAUUGUCAUUUAAGAGUUUAUGACAUGAAAUCUCGUAAACGCCUGAGAAUGUGUAGUUCAAGUUUUACUAAGGAGAAAAUGGAUGGACAUGUAAUGCGUAUAUGUGCCGUGAAAUAUCAUCCACGUGGUGCUGUUUAUGAAGAUUAUGUGCAUAUAUUUAUUACCGGUGGUUGGGAUGAUACAAUACAAAUAUGGGAUGAUCGAUAUUUACAUUCUUUAUGGAUUUAUUAUGGUCCUCAUAUUUGUGGAUCAGAUGCACUGGAAAUCGAAUCAGAAUCAAAUCAUAUAUUAUCAAGUUCAUGGCGCCGUGACAAAUCAAUUCUGCAAGUUUGGAAAUUUAAUGAAGAGCUUAUGAUUGAAUUUUAUAAUUCAGCUGAACAUCAAGGUGAUGAAUUGUCUAUACCAUCUGGAAGGGAAAUCAUAAAUAAACAAACUGGAGCUUUAUACUACUGUAAACCAGUAGCUGAAAUACCUCAAGAUACCUAUGAUGGACCGAGUAAAGGUUAUGUAGCGAAAUGGCUUGGACCGUAUUACAUAGCAUUCGGUGGGUCAGAUGCAAAUAUUCUAAAACUUAUCAGUCGUUUCACAUUAAAUAUCAGUUAACGAUAUAUGUAAAAUUAUGUUAUCAACAAGUGAUAAUUGUUUACAGUCACAGACUGUUAUCUUACAAUAUUACCGCGGAUCAACGAGACAUUAGGAGCUUUUUUAUAUCAAUUGUAUUUAUUGUCGAUUUCUGUCUUGUCACUAUAAGUCUGUUCUUAGUGCAGUGUCAAUCCAGUUAUAUCAAUAAUGUUUACUAAAUUGUACUUUCACGUUAUUUGAUUAAUUAAACACUAAGGUUGUUGGAUCAUUAACGGAACUGACGAAUGGUAUUUAUUCAUUAGCCUUUAUUGAGCCAAAGACAAAUGAUAACAGUAACAAACGUACGGUACAAUUUGCAUUUGCCUCUGGUACUCGUGUUUACAUUGCACAAUAUGAACAAAAAUAAAUUUGCGGAGAUUUAUUUUUUUGAAACGACAACUAUUUACUGAAUUUUAUACUCAAAAAUAUGGUUAUUUUUAAUAAUCUUUUUAAAAUAACUUUUGCAUUAGCAUAUGUUUUGCCGAUUGAAAUAAUAAUAUCGUUUUUCGUUCAAUUAACAGGAUUUACGUAAAUAAAAGACUCAUAUAUUUCCUUUCACUCAA